AUUUUCUUGAUAGUACCCAACUCAUUCAAGUGGCCGGAGGUAGUGGUGGCGGCGGUGCCGGUGGUGGGUGGUGGUGUUUCUUGGCUUAAUAUAUUUAACCAAAAGGGUAUCUUAAAGUUGUGAACUUUUUGUCUACUUUCUGAGCAAAGUUUGGAUAUGGGGUUUGCUUUAUUUGGAUCAAUUGUUGUUCUAACACUGUUAUUCAGAUCAAACUUUGGUCAACUCCAAGAACAGCCCAAACCCAAUACAGAUGAGUUCUUUAUAUAUAAUUUCUUACAGAAAAUGGGUUCAAAUUCAUCAUCUUUAUCUCAUGUUUAUAAUCUUUCAUCACAUGUUUGUUCAUGGCAAGUUGUGUUUUGUGAUGCAAAUCAAGAAAAUGUGAUUGGUUUAAUUGCAUCAAAUUUAGGCUUAUUAGGUUCUAUUCCUGAUAACACAAUUGGCAAACUUACAAAGCUUCAAUCUUUAGAUCUAAGUAAUAAUCAAAUUACUAAUUUGCCUUCUGAUUUUUGGAGUUUGAAUUCACUCAAAAGUCUUAAUCUUUCUAAUAAUGUAAUAUCCAUGAAUGUUCCUAGUAACAUUGGUAACUUUGGUGCACUUGAAAGAUUAGACCUUUCUUUCAAUGACUUGUUUGGUAGUCUUCCUGAUUCGGUUAGUUCGUUAAACAGUUUGCAAGUUGUUAAUCUUAGUCGAAACCGGUUUGAUUCCACUAUUCCAUUGGGAAUCAUAAGUUGUCAUUCAUUGACUUCUAUUGACUUUUCUUGGAAUAGUUUUAGCGGGGUUCUUCCUGAUGGUUUUAGUUCGUCAUUUCCUAAGCUUAAAAGCUUGAAUCUUGCUGGAAAUGCAAUAAAAGGAAAAGGUUCCGAUUUUUUGAAGUUGGAAUCUUUGACUUACCUUGAUAUUUCGAAGAAUCUUUUCCAAGGUUCAGUUGUAGAAAUCUUUCAGGAGUCAUUAGAAGUUGUUGAUUUGAGCAGUAAUCAGUUUGGAGGUCAUGUUUCUCAGGUAAAUUUUAGUGCUCGUUUAGUUUAUCUCGAUAUUUCUGAUAAUGAAAUUAGUGGAGAAUUUUUCACUAAUUUAAGCCAGCCCCAUAACCUCAAACACCUUAAUCUAGCCAAUAAUAGAUUUUUAGAGCAAAGUUUGAUCAAGAUCGAUACACUACGUAGUUUAGAGUACCUAAACUUGUCUAACACCAAUUUAGUUGGCCGAAUCAGUGAAGCAAUCUCCGAGUUAACUCAUUUGAAAACACUCGAUCUCUCGAGUAAUCAUCUCACUGGUAAAGUUCCACUUUUGAGCUUGAAAACCCUCCAAAGUCUUGAUCUUUCGUUCAAUAACUUGACUGGAGAAAUACCCAUCUCUCUCUUGAAAAAGCUUCCAUGGAUGGAAAGAUUCAAUUUUUCGUACAAUAAUCUAACCCUUUGUAAUUCUGAGUUUUCACCCGAAACUCUCCAAUCAGCUUUUAUCGGUUCAUCUAAUAGCUGCCCAAUAGCUGCAGACCCGACCCGUUUAAAGACAAGAACUCACAGCCAUAGAGGACUAGAGCUUGCUCUAGUUUUAACAGUUUCAAUCAUCUUUAUACUCGCGGUAUUGCUGUUUUUUGCAUUUGGGUGUCGGAGAAAAACACAAAUGUGGACUGUAAAGCAAGAUUCAUACAAAGAAGAGCAAGUCAUUUCUGGCCCGUUUUCGUUCCAAACAGACUCAACCACUUGGGUAGCAGAUGUAAAAGUUGCAACUUUAGUUCCUGUAGUGAUCUUUGAGAAGCCGCUGCUAAACUUCACGUUUUCUGAUCUUCUUGCGGCUACUUCUAAUUUUGAUAGAGGUACCCUUUUAGCUGAAGGGAGAUUCGGGCCAGUUUAUAGAGGAUUCUUGCCAGGUGGGAUCCACGUGGCAGUUAAGGUUUUGGUCCAUGGUUCUACUAUGACUGAUCAAGAAGCAGCACGAGAGCUGGAGUAUCUUGGAAGAAUAAAGCACCCGAAUCUUGUUCCAUUAACAGGUUACUGUUUGGCAGGUGAACAGCGUAUUGCAAUUUAUGACUACAUGGAAAACGGAAACUUGCACAAUUUGCUUCACGAUCUUCCUCUUGGAGUUCAAACCACUGAAGAUUGGGCUUCUGAUACAUGGGAAGCAGAUGAAGAUGGAAUUCGCAAUGUGGGAUCUGAAGGUUUGUUGACCACUUGGCGUUUUAGGCUUAAAAUCGCAUUAGGCACAGCUCGUGCUUUGGCGUUUCUACACCAUGGGUGUUCACCUCCUAUCAUCCAUAGAGAUGUGAAGGCGAGUAGUGUUUAUCUCGAUUACAAUCUUGAGCCAAGAUUGUCAGAUUUUGGGCUUUCAAAGAUUUUUGGUAAUGAUCUUGAAGAUGAAAUCACUCGUGGAUCGCCAGGAUAUGUUCCUCCUGAGUUUCUAAAUCAAGGUGGUAGCUCUUCCCCAUAUGUGAUCACUCCAAAGUCUGAUGUUUAUGGAUUUGGAGUGGUUCUUCUUGAGCUUAUAACAGGUAAAAAGCCAGUUGAAGACGAGUACUCAGAUGAUAAUCAUUCAAAAGAUAAAAACUUGGUCAGUUGGGUGAGAGGUUUAGUGAGAAAGAAUAGUGGGUCACAGGCUAUAGACCCAAAAAUCCAUGGGACUGGAACCGAGGCUCAGAUGGUCGAGGCUUUGAAAAUAGGUUACUUAUGUACAGCAGAUCUUCCGGGAAAGCGUCCUAGUAUGCAACAAGUAGUUGGACUUUUAAAGGAUCUUGAACAAUUGUGAAUCAUCGAUAACUUUUAAAAGAAGUUUGGUUAUUUGCAUUGUGGUUCUUCUUAAUUUUUUAUUUAUUUUUUUUAUUUUGUUAAGGUUGUUUUGUGCUUUCUUAGUUCUUUGUACAGUUUGUUCAAAGGUAAUUGAUGCUCCCAACACUUUUUGCCCUAA